AUGGCUGACAAUGAGAAUCCUCAACCCACACAAGCUGAGCUCCUAGCUCAAAUCGCUGAACUUCAGGCAGAAGUGCGGAGGAUAGCCAAGUUAUCUGCACAGAACAACGGAAAACACAAGGGAGAAAGCUCCAAAAGCUCGGCCCAGGGCAACACAAAUCCCCUAAACAUCACCCCGCCGAAGGAAAAGCUAACCCUCGACAAUCCCUUUUUCAAAGAAAUCACAAAGUUCCAGAUGCCAAAAAAUUUUGUGUUACCCACAGCGCUUGAGCCGUACAAGGGGUUCGGCGACCCCCGAGCUCAUGUCAAGAAAUUUCAAGCCAUGAUGUUUUUUAACGGCGCUAACAAUGAGCCUGUGCUCUGCCAAGCUUUUCCUACUUACCUUGAUGGUGCUACAUUACUCUGGUUUUCUAAGUUGUCUGCAGGUUCAAUUUCUUCCUUUGAGGAACUGGCGAGAUCGUUCAUCGAUUACUUUGCUGCGUCAAGAAUAUAUGUGCACGGAUCAGAUUAUCUAGGCACCAUCAAGAAAGGCCAACACGAAAGCCUAAAAGACUACAUGACUCGAUUUGCUGAAGCAACCAUGGAGAUUCAAGAAUUGGAUCCGGCGGUCCACCUGCAUGCCCUCAAAGCCAGCCUCAGACCAAGCAAAUUUUGCGAAACAAUUGCAAUAACAAAACCAAAAACGCUAGAAGAAUUCCGAGAAAGGGCUGCAGGCCAGAUGAAAAUUGAAGAGCUCCACGAAGCCCAAAAAACAGACAAACAACCGCACAGAAGGGAUGAGGACAAAAUGUUCAGACCACCAAAUAACAAAGAGCAGAAGAAGCCCUUCAAGCUCACACCAAAAUUCAAUACUUACACCAGGUUCAACACCAAAAGAGAGAACAUCAUCAAAGAGAUUCUCAAUGCCAAAAUCGUGAAACCACCAGCUCGGGCAGGGAGUUACUAA